AUGCAGCAGCAGCAAGAACAACACCCAUCGAAGCAGCAACAACAGCAACAGCAACAGCAGCAGCAACGGCAGCUGCAGCAGCAGCAGCAGCAACACCGGGAGGGAGCCCUCUACACAGGAAGCCUCAGCGGAAACCCUCAUUUGCAGCUGUCUUUGCAGCAGCAGCAACAGCAGCAGCAGCAACAACAACAAGCAAAUGCCCAGCGGCAAAGCGACUCGCUGCGGCCGCAGCAGCAGCAGCUGCAGCUGCAGCAGCAACAGCACCGACAGCAGCAAGAGCAGCAGAAGCAGCAGAAGCAGCAAGAGCAACAGCAGCAGCAGCCGCCCCUUCACAGCACCCAUGUUGGAGAUGCAGCAGUAGGAAUGAAGUUGAAGCUGCCUCGCCGCCGCAGCAGCAGCGGCACCCGCAGCGGGAGCAGCAGCAGCAGCAGCAGCAGCAGCGGUUAUAGUAGCUUCUCUUCAUGCAGCAGCAGCAGCAGCUCUGAAGACGAAGCAAAUACCUCAUCACCGGCAGCAGCACUCGCAGCAACACCAGCAACAGCAGCAGCAGCACCACCGCCGACAGCAGCACCAGCAGCAGCAGCAACAGCAGCAGCAGCAGCAAGUCGUCGCCACAUGUGGGGUUUAGGAAGCGAAGGGUUGCUGCUGCAGCAGGGGGUUAGCUGGUAUCGCUGUUUUCGUCUUUGCUGCAAUUACCUCUCCAUAGGGCAGAUUGAGCUGGCUAAAGCAUUCAUAAAGCUAGCAGCAGCAGCAAACACUCAAAAAACUCUUGCUGCUAUCUCUUGCCUCGUCUUCUGGGGCUCCCCUCCGCCUUGGUGCUGCUCUGCUGCAGCACCGUCAACAGCACAUCUUAUCUGGUGCUGCGUCGAAGACCUCAACUCCAUACUCAGCAGCAGCAGCAACAGCAGCAGCAAGAGCGGCACCAGCAGCAGCAGCAGCAGCAGCAGCACCAGUAAGGCGGCGCACCGGCAUGCAGCAGCUGCGCGGGAUGUCGCAGCAGACUGCCGUCUUGACAGCAGCAAAUCAGCAGCAGCACCUGCUGCAGCAGCAGGAAUCGCAGAAGCAACAGCAGCACCUCCUCCCUCAGCAGCAGCACCUGUUACAGCAGCAGCAGCAGCAGCAGCAGGGCGUGCUGCAGCAGCAAGAAGACGCCACCGCGUGCCGCUGCAUGCAACGCUGCCGAUGUGGCUGCUGCGGCGUAACCACUUUGAUUUGCUGCUAGCACAAGCUGUCUUAGAUUCUGCUGCUAGCGGUUUGGUGUUUGCUGCUGCUGCUGCUGCGGAGCUGCGGCAGCUGCAUGCGGUGCUGCUGCUGCUGCGCUGCCAGGGAGCCCUCAACUUCGUCGUACCCGCUGUAUCCAGAUCCAGCAGCAGCAGCAGCAGCAGCAGCGGGGAUUGCCCCCCCGAAGUGCUGCAGCUACCAGCUGUCUCGCUGCUGCCAGUCUAUGGUUGUUAUCGUUUUGCUUCUGCUGCUGUGUCUCUCCCUGAUGCGCUACGGCGCCUCGUGCGGCAGCAACAGCCGCAGCAGCAGCAGCAGCAGCAACAACAACAACAGCAGCCGCAGCAGCAGCAGCUGCUGCUGCUGCCGCUGCUAUCUGCUGCUGCGCUGCAGCAAAUGCUUACGCUGAUGGUCUCACAGCCAGCACUUGCAGAUGCCCUUGCACAGUCUCUUGGAGCCUUUCCUCAGGGUGCAUGGGUUCUUCGCAGCAGCAGCAGCAGCAGCAGCAGCAGCGGGGGAGGCAGCAGGAAGCAGGGGCAAGCCGGGGUGGAGCAGCAACAGGCUUCAGAAAGGGCUGAUGCUGCAACAGAGACACCGUCGCAGCCUUUGCUGCUGCUGCUGCUGCCGCUAUCUACUGCGCGGUGGGGUCUUACCACCAGCAGCAGCAGCAGCAGCAGGCAGCAACACGAAAUACGGCGUCUUCUGGCUUCCCUGAGAGCUCGGAGAGAGACACAGGACCCCUGUGCUGCUGCUGUUGCUGCUGGAGCAGCAGCUGUCACCUCAGCGGACUUGACAGCAGCAGCAAGCAGCAACAGCAGCAGCAGUGUCAACAGCAGCAGCAACAACAAUAGCAAACUCCUGAAAGCAAGCCCUGGCGAGGCAGCAUCAGCAGCAGAAACAGCAGCACAAGCGGCGCAUGCAGCUUCAUCAUCAUAUGCAGCAGCAGCAGCAGGCGUGAUGCAAGGUGCUGCUGCAGCAAAGCAGCAGCAGCAGCAGCAGCAGAGGCCGCGAGAGUUGGAUGCUUCUCUGUCGCUGCUGUUUUGCUCUCUGGUGCUGCGGCUGCAGCAGCUGCGCGUUGCUGUUGCUGCUGAGGCGCUGCUGCUUCCUCCUGCUGCAGAUGGCAGCGACGAGCUGUACGUACACCUCAGGCUGCUGGACCCCACAAAGUCUCUGCUGCCUCUGGUGUCCCCGCUGCAGCUGCAGCUCGAGGCAUCAGCAGCGGAAUGCCCAACAGCUGCAGCAGCAGCAACAGCAACAGCAACAGCAGCAAAGCUGCCGGGUGCUGCGGUGUACAGACAGCAGGCGCUCCGUAUAGGCAGCCUCAAUUUCUUUCGUUUGUUUGUGCUUAUUGUUGCUUGGCUGGAGAGUACUCCUCGCAAAGCUGUUGCUGCAUCUGCUGCUGCUGCUGCUGCUGCUUCAGCUGCAGCAGCAGCAGCUGCGGAUGCUGCGGAUGAUGAUGGCGCCGACGCGGCAGUAGCAGCAGCAGCAGCAGCAGCGAGACGUGCUAAGCAGCAAACGAACCCACUGCAGCAGCAGCUGGCUAGUCUCAUCAGGACAGCCCUAGCGAACCCUACUGCUGCGGCUGGUGGUGCUGCUGCUGCAGCUGCAGCAAAGGCAUCUAGCGGCGUCUUCUCUGCCGAAGACAGCAGCAGGGCAGCAGCACAUACAACGGAGGCAGCAGCAGGACCUGCUGCUGCUGCUUCUGAGUAUCGCGUAAGAUCACCACAGCAUCGGCAGAUGCAGACGAACGACCCCCAGAAGCAGCAGCAAGAGCUGCAGCAGCAGCAGCAGCUGCUGCUGCUGCAGUGCCCCCUGCAAGACCUUGGUUGGAUCGAUCUUGCUGCAGCAGAGGCAGUUGUUGUGGAGGUGUUUGCUGCUCUUAGUGCUGCGGGACUGCAGCACGACGCAGAGAAAAAGCGGGGCGGAGCUGCAGCAGCAGCAGCUGCUGCUGCUGCUGCAGCUGCUCCUGCUGCUGCAACGGUCGCCGCCCGCAGGUUGCCGUCCCCGUUGCCAGCGGCGAAGCCACGAGCAGCAGCUGAUGGGUCUGCUGCUAAUCUUGUCUCGCGUUUCUUCCCUCCUUUCCUAAGUCAGCUGGCGCCUCCUGCUGCUGCAGCAGCUUCAAAGCAGCAGCAGCAGCAGCAAGACCAACGCCCGUCGCCGCAAGCGAAGCAGGGCGGCCCUGAGGACUCCACUGCAGCAGCAGCAGCUGCUGCUGCUGCUUCCCCUGCGCUCGCUCGCAGCAGAUCCCCAGCUGCUUAUGCUGCUGACAAGCGCGACCUGAAUCAAGGAGGGGGCAGCAGCAGCAGCAGCAGUAGCAGUGAAGAGCCUUCGGAUGUGGGAGGUAGUGCCGUGAGGCUUCACGUCUAUGAGGCGCUGCUGGCCCAUGAACCGCUGCUGCACAUCCCUGUCUCGUUGCAGUAUACGAGCAACAGCAGCAGCAGCAACAGCAGCAGCAGCAACAGCAGCAGCAGCAACAGCAGCAGCAGCAACAGCAGCAAGUUGCUGCAGUACAUAGGGCUGCAGCUCUUCUGCCACCUGGAUGACUGCUGGUUGCGGCUGAGAGCAGCAGGAAGCGCAACUCCGCUUCCGCUGCUGCCUCUUGCUGCAGUUGCAAGACAUGCAAGCAGCAGCAGCAGCAGCGGCGGCAGCGGCAGUGCUUCCCCUACAGCUUAUCCCGUUGCUCCACCCGCUCUUGAAGAUGUUUCUGCUGCAGCUGCAGCAGCAGUUGCUGCUGAACCUUCUCAAAGACAAGUUGGUGCUCCAGCAGCAGCAGCAACAGCAGCAGCAGCAGCAGCAGCAGCGGACGAGGCAGCACUGAGUGCUGCGCUUGGGAUCCAUCGCUAUGAAGUCUUUUGGGCGCAUUACUUUCGUUUUGUGCUGGCAGCAAAUGAACACUGUCUCCUUUUACCUCUUAAAGCUGCUGUCUCCUUUGUGCUAUCCAAGGACGUUGCAGCAGCAUCGCAGCUGCUGCUGCCGUUUCCUCAGCUGCGGGCGCCGGUGCUGCUGCUGGCGUGGGAUGCAUACAAGGGACAGAUGGAGAGGAGACAGCAGCUGUUAGAUUCACUUUGCUGCUGCCACGUUGCUGCUGCUGCAGCUGCUGCUGAACCUGCUGCUGCUGCUGCUGCAGCAGCAGCAGCAACCCUGCUCUGUCCAGCGCAUGCCUGUGCACAUGCGGCAGCAACGCGAACAGCAGCAACUGCAGCACACAGCAAUGAAGCAGCAGCAAGUCCGAAGCCCCUGCUUCGCUAUGCUUGCGACCGCAACAUGCAACAGCAUAUCGAGGUAAGCAGCAGCAGCAGCAGCAGCAGCAGCAGUUGUCCCUGCAUUUGCAAAUGUGUAACAGUGUGCGCCUGCCUUUCUUACGUGAUAAAGCUGUUGCUGCUGCUGCUGCCGCCGCCGCUGUCUCUGCAGGUGCUGCGGAGCCGAAUGGCGGCAGCUUGGUUUGUCGCGGAUUUGCUGCUGCAGCUGCAGGCUGCCUUCCAGCAGCAGCAGCAGCAGCAGCAGGAGCAGCAGCAACAGCAACAGCAACAGCAGGCCAAGCAAAGUCAGCGGCAGCAACGUAGGCAGCAGAGAGUGGUGCAGCGCAGCGAGAGACAGGCUGCUGCUGCACCCAGCAGCAGCAGCAGCAACAACAGCAGCAGCAGCAGCAAUAACAACAGCAAGGACGCAAGUAUCUUGACAAGCGCUGCUGAGAGACAAACAGCAGCAGCUUCAGAUUUGCUGCUGCAGCCUGAAGCCGUCGAAGCCCUUGCUGCAGCAGCAAGCCAACGAUGCAAGGAAGCAGCAAUUGCUGCAGCAAGACUGCGACGUAUGUUCAGCAGCACAGCAGCAACAGCAGCAACAGCAGCAGCAGCAACAGGAUCUGCUGCAGCCGACACAGCACUUGUUGAAGAGGAUGUUUCAGGCGCAGCAGCGACUGCUGCUUCCUGCAUCCGUGCUGCUGCUGCAGUUCUCAGCAGCAACAGCAGCGUAGCAGCAGGAGCUGCUGCAUAUGCUGCUAUGAGAGAAGCGGUUGCAGCAGAUAUUUAUGAGGCGACGGAGACGCAGUCUCUCCUGCUUGCGCUGUCGCUUCGCGCUCCGUUGUCUCUAAUGCAAGAGGAGACAUUUCUUUUGGGGCUUGCUGCACUGCCACCAACGACGCUCAGCAGCUUUGAGUUAGAGAGACAGCAUGAUAAAGAUGUUGCUGCUGUUUACUUCGCUAUCAGAGCCUCAAUACGCCUUAUAGAAACCUGCAGCACCAGCAGCAGCAGCAGCAACAGCAGCAGCGGCGGCGGCGGCAGCACCGGAGCCGCAGCGGCAGUGCAGCGAAACGCUGAGGCUGCAGCAGAUGCAGCAGAGGGCCUGGCACUCUAUCCCCAGCAGCACGCGAAAACAGCAGCAACAGCAGCAGCAGCACCAGCAGCACCUGACGCAACAGCAGCAGCAGCAACAGCAGCGGCAACAGCAGCAGCAACAGCAACGCAUCUGCAAGAAAGCCUCAUUCAGAGUAUACGCUGCUUAGAAAGGUUAAUCUCAGGUGUACAGCGACCUCAGUACCGUCUGUGGCUGCUGCUGCGCCUGGUCUCGCUGCUGUUUGCCUCAACCGCAGCAAUGAAGCAGCAGCAGCAGCAGCAGCAGCAAGAGAGAGAGAGGCGCGUUAGUAUCAACGCAAGCAACAGCAGCAGCAACAACAGCAGCAGCAGCAGCAGCGGGGCCUUUGUGGUGCCGCCGGCUGUCCUCAUAUCUCUUGCACUUUUUAUCAGGAAGCAUCUGGUGGCGCUGCAAGGGUGUGAGGGCCUUGGAGAGGCUGGCAGCAUUUUGAUGGAGUCAAUGAAACUUUUUGUUGAGGAGAUGAUAUGGCGGUGUCGUUUGCUGCUAAAUCAAUUUUUCAGUUUGUUGCCUUUGGCGUCCAUUUGCAUCGCCGGAGGCUCGGCAGCAGCAGCUGCUGCUGCUGCCACUGCUGCUGCUGCUGCUCCAGAUGCUGCUGCUGCUGGGGAGUUUGCUGCGGAGGGAAUGCAUUCAAAAGAGACAGAGUGGCAGCAGCAGCUUCGCUAUAUCGGAGUGUACUCGACUGAUGCCCUGUCUAGCAGCAGCAGCAGCAGCGACAGCAGCGACAGCAGCAGCAGCAGGAGCGGCAGCAACAACAGCAAGGAAGCAUGCAUAAGCUCAGAGCGCAGCAGCAGCAGCAACAGCAGCAGCAGGAGACACCACUUGGCUAGCCACACGACUCCGUGUGCUUUACUUCUGUCUCUGGCAGCAGAUCCCUUUGCUUGUCGUUUGCUGCAGCCUCCUUCUCUCUUCUUAGCGAGGGCACUGCAGCAAAAUGAUUCAGCAACUGCAGCGGAGUUGCUGCAGCAAUUCGAGCUGCCUAUACACCUGAAAAUCAGUGCUGCGGUGGCGGAAGCCUUUGCAUGUUUGAGAGAUACCCUCAGCUGUCUUCCUGCUGCUGCUACUGACGCUGCUGCUGCUGAAGCAGCUGCUGGGGAAGCUGCUGAUGCUGAAGAUGCUGCAGAUGCUGCUGCUGCUGCUGUAUUUGCUGCUUCGGUCUCGUCUCCCCUCGAUAAGUGUCUUGCUGCACUUGACAAGUCGUGUACGCCACGUACAGCAGCUGCAGCAGCAGGCGCAGCAGGAGCAGCUGCCACCACCACAGAAGCAGCAGCAGAAGCAGCAGCAGCAGCAGCAGCAGCAGCAGGAGCUGAGGGUGAUGCAGGGUGUGUGUUUAAUGGCUGUCUCUCAACUUACUGUGACGCAGCAACAGCAGCAUCUGUUGCUGUGCUGCUAAGCAACCCAAGACUUGCUGCAGUGUAUGCAUGCGUUGAUGCUGCUGUUGCUGCUGCUGCUCCUGCAACUGUGUCGCUGCUGCUGCUGCAGCGCGCUACCGAGGAGCUAAAGCAAAUUUCGCAGCGGCAUCUGCUGCAGCAGCAACAGCUGCCAGCACCAGGCAACCCAGAAGCAGCAGCAGCAGUAGCAGCAACAGCAGCAGCAAACCACCCCGCUGCAGCCUUUCAAACAUCAGCACUUACAAGCCUCCUCGCAACAUCUAUAGACAGGCUUGAAGUGCUAAUUGAAGCGCGAGGUAUGCAUUCACUGCGACUGGCUUCGCUGCUGCUCAAGGUGGAGACGCUGCCAAUCAAAGCAGAUCUGCUGAGGACUCACCUUUGCAGUCUCAACCAGCGCAACACCGCCGUUGCUUCCUUGCUGGAGCAGAUGCAGCAACUUGCUGCUGGGACACAGCAAUUCACCUCUGCUGCUGCGCGCAGCAGCUUCCUCUCUCAGGCAGUGAAGGUGCUGAGGGGAGACCCGCAGCAGCAGCAGCAGCAGCAGCAGCAGCAGCACCAGAGUAAAGGAACUACCCCGGUCCUACCCACCGGAGUCGGCAACACAGAGGAGUUGGCUGACGACCGUUUGCUACAGCAGCAGCAACAGCAGCAGGAGCACCAGCAGCAGCACGAGCAGCAGCAGCAGCAGCAGGAAGCAGGAGAGGAGGGGCUACCAGAAGAGGGAAGCCGAUAUUUGCUUUCUUUGAUUUGUUAUCUCCAGCGAAUUGUUCAGCUGCAGACAGAAGCAAAACAGAGACUCUGCGCCAAGCAGCAGCAGCAGCUGCAGCAACGGCAGCAGCAACACCAACAGCAGCAAAAGCAGCAGCACCACCAGGAGCACGCGGGAGCGGAACUACUCACGUGCUCAGGUGAACAGCAGCAGCAGCUGCUGAGUCGAGAGCAGCAGCAGCUGUUGCUGCAGCAAGAGGAUACACCACGGCUGCAGCAGCAGCAAGAGGAAACCAGUGGGCAGCAACAAAGCCACGGCGAAGAGCAGCAGCACGAAGAGAAGCAGAACGAGCAGCAGCUGCAGCAUCGGCAGCAGCAGCAGCCGCAGCAGCAGGGAGAGCAGCAGAAGCAACAGCAGGAAGAGCAACAAUUGCAGCAGCAGCAGCAGCAGCUGAAGGAGAAUGAGCAGCAGCUGCUGCACGAGGAAGAUGAAGAGCAGCAGCAGCAACAACAACAGCCAGCUGAGUGCAACCUGCCGCAGCAACAACUGCAGCAGCAGUCUGAAGAGGAGGAGCAGGAGCUGCAGCAGCUAGAGGAGGAGGAGGAGGAGGAGGAGGAGGAGGAACAGCAGCAGCAGCAGCAGCAGCUGUUUGGUUUGCUGUUUGCAUCUCCUGAGGUCCUCAUAGCUGAAGUUUUGUUCCGUUUAGAGGGGCAGCAAGAGGCGCAGCAACUUGCUGCUUUGCUGCAGACGGAUCUUGUGGGUGUGCUGCUGCAAGCUGCGCUGCCUCUCUAUCCGCUGCUGCUAACCAGCAGCAGCAGCAGCAGCAGCAGCAGCAGCAGCAGGUGGCCUCCUCCUUUUCCUGCUUCCUCCUUAGCUCUGCGAAGGGAUAUAGUGUUGUUUCUAGGAACCUUAGAAAAACAAACCUAUCUGCUGCGGCGUGAUGCUGCUGCUGCAAGCAGCAGCAGCAGCAACAGCAGCAGCAGCAACAACGACGAUAGCAGCAACGGCAGCGGCAGCAGCAACAACAACAGCAGCAGCUGCUGCAGCAGAUGCAAAGGAAAGGUUUCUAUACUUGCUCCUCUCGCAAUAGCUGAGCGUUGCUCUCAGCGGUGGCCUUCAGGGCUGCUGCUGCAGUUGGCGCAGCAGCAACUUUGCUGCUGCUGCACUUCUUUUCGUCUCUGGUUAGCAGAGAGGCAUCGGUGCUGGCGAGUAAUACAAGCAACAGGAGCUAUUCAAGCAGCAGCUGCAGCAACAGCAACAACAGCAGGGCCUACAGCAGCAGCAGCAGGAGCUGCAGCAGCAGCACUGGCAACAGCAACCGACAAGUGGAGUGUUAACCCCAAGGGUUGGAGGCCCCAGCAACUUCUCGCGCUGCCCUUUGCUGCUAAGGGACAUCUGCAGCAAGCUAUGAGGAUAGCAGACGCCCAACUGUCUCCUGAUACGGAGCUGCAGCAGCUGCUGAUAAGCUGCGUAAUAGACCAGGCGCUGCAGCAUCAGCAGCAACAGCAGCAGCAGCAGGAGCCCAGGGCAGGGGAGGACGAGGAUGCAGCACCGCUGCAGCAGCAGCAGCAACAACAGCAGCAGGAGGGUGUUGGUGCACUGCUGCAGCAAGGGUUUGCAAGCAGCAGAACAACAACAAUUCCUGCUUGGCCUUUGGAUGCAGCCUUGCGGCUGACUGCAGCAGAGGCAGCAGCAGCAACAGCAGAAGCCACUGAAGCAGCAGCAGCAACAUCAGAAGCGACUGCAGCAGCAGCAACAGCCACUGCAGCAGCAGCAACAGAAGCUGCAGCAGCAGCAGCAGCAGCAGAAGAGUGCGAUGGUAAUCAAGAGGAGUUGUCGCUCCCAGACUGUAUAAUGCGUCAAAGCAGCGCAGCAGCAGCAACACGCAACGCCUUGCUGCUGUCUGCUGCUUGGCCUGCAGAUAUCUGCAUCAAAACUGUGGCGUUCUGUAAGGCGAGGCUGCAAGAAAGUGCAGCAGCUCAGCAGCAGCAGCAGCAGCAGCAGCAACAGCAACAGGCACCGGAUGCAUCCCAAAAGGAAGCACUAAGCCGCAGCAGCAGCACCAGCAGCAGCAGCAGCAGCAGUGAAUGUCGCUGCCUAGAGCAGCACCCUUUGCUGGCUGCGUUGGAGCACACAGCAAGGCACGGUACAGCAGCAGCAGCAACAACAACAGCAGCAGCAGCAGGUGGGGGGGCUUUAGUUGAUAUGGAUGACUGCGAAGACAGUGCAUUUGGGGGUUCAGCAGAAGAAAGAGCUGCAGCAGCAGCUGGUGCUGCUGCUGCAGCAGCGCUGCGUGCCGUAUCGCAGGUGCAGCAGCAGCUGCGUUGCUGCAGCAGCGGGCCUUGUUUGCUGCUGCUGCUGCAGACACGAGGCUGCCUAUACACCUGGCGCUGCUACAGCGCAGCAAUUGAAGCCUCUAAGGGAAUGUGGGGUACUUGGCGAGACCUCCACAGCGACAUGCAAACAGAAAGCGGCAUUCAAAAGGUGGUGCGCACUUUAGCUGCUUGCAACGGCUACGCAGCAGCGAGGGCUUUGUUGAAGUUGCUGAACAGCUCCGGUGUCUCUCCAGCUGAGAGCCUUUGCUGCGCUGCUGCAGCUAGCCACCCUAGCAGCGAGACAGCUAGCUACCUGCAAGAGUGGCUAGCUGAGGAAGAGCUGAAGCAGCUGCUGUCGCUCCCUGGCUUUCAAGGAGCAGCAAUGCGGCGGCUGCUCUCACUCAGCAGCAGCAGAGCAACACGUGUUGCCUUGCGGCUCCUCUCUCUCAGCAGCAGCAGCAGCAAUAGCAGCAGUAACAACAGCAGCAGCAGCAGCAGCAGCAGCAAGUGCGGGGAGGUCAGGCUGCCGCAGCAAGGGGGUUUCCCUAAGGUUGCGGGCCGGCUGUAUUUGUGCGAGUUGCUGCAGCAGCAGCAGCAGAUGUUUGCACAGUUAACGCUGCAGCAGCAGCAGGAGCUGCAGCAGUUGCUGCCAUCUCUUCAUUUAGUGCAGCUAGUUGAAGAUGAGGUGCAGAGACACCGCGAGCCGCUGCUGCAGCACCCCCAUUUGCUGCUGGAGAGCCUCAUUCUGAAUGCCCGGACAGAGCUGCUGCAGCAGUUUCUGCUGCAGUGGCCUUCGUUAAGAGACGACAAUCUGCUGCUGCAGUAUGCGAGAAAAGCACUCGGCCUCCCUGUCCCUUCUGCUGCUGCUGCUGCUGCUGCUGUGAACGCAGCAGCAGCAACAGCAGCAGCACCCAUGUUACAGGCCCCCCAAGAAACUGAACGCACCGCAACGACAAGAACAGCAGAAGCAGUACCUGCAGCAGCAGCAGCAGCAGCAGCAAACGAAGAGGCAGGCUUGCCUCCAGCUAGUUGGGGUUUUGGUGGUCGGUGGGUGCUUACAGCAGAUGCAGCAGCAAACGACAGAAUCCGUGCUGCGCAUACAUUUGAAGCACUGCCAGCUGUUGCUGUUGCGCAGCAGCUGCUGCAGCUGCUGCCAGGGGACAGCAGCACAGCAGCACUUGGCUGUCUCCAAAUCUGCGCGGAGGUCGCGUCGCUGCUGCGGGUUGCGCUGUACAGACACCCCAUGGCAGCAUGCGGGCAGUCCACUGCUGCUGCUGCUCCUGGUGCUGCUGCAUCAGCAGCAGCAGCAGCAGCAUCACCUGCAGCAGCAAACGGCAGAUGCUGCGAGGCCAACUGCGUCAGGCGAGCAGAGUGUGUACAGAUAAAAGAAGAAGAUGCAACAGCAACAGCAGCAACAGCAGCAACAGCAACAGCAACAGCAGCAGCAGCAGCAGCAGACGCAGAGGCAGCGACAGCGGCAUCUUUACGGACUGCAACGGCGCCUGAAGUUCCUUCCGCUGCUGCUGCAGCAGCAUCCGAGGCAGCAGCAGCAGCUCGAAGCAGCAGCAGCAACAGCCUUGGGGCUACGCGCCAGUUGUGCAGCACUGCCUACAACAGUUUUGCUGCUCUUCACUGUCAGCGCUCUUCGUUUGCUGCGGUGUACAGCCAGAUGAAAGGCAAAGGAAGUAUCCCUCUAUCUAAUGCUCUGCCCUGCGCUCUAAGGAGACAGUUCCAGAGACUUUAUCCUGCUGCUGCACCUGCUGCUGCUGCACCUGCUGCUGCAUCAGGUGCUGUUGCUGCUGCACCUGCUGCUGCAUCGGGUGCUGCAGCUGCUGUUGUAUCUGCUGCUGAAUCGGGUGCAGCAGAACCUGCUGCUGCAUUUGGUGCAGCUUCGGGUGGUGCUGCAGCAGAGGGCUGCUCAUUUGCUGCAGACGCUGCAGCAGCAACAGGUGCUGCGGAUAGUGCUGCGCCUGUGUUGCAACAUCGGGCCGAUUACAACGCUGGAGUUACAGCAGCAGCAGCAGCAGCACCAGCAGAACAAGCAGCAGGGAGAGGUGAAUGCAUGCCUUUGUUGCUGCUGCCGUACGGAGCGCUAAUGAGUCUGCUGCAGCAGCUGCUGCAGCAGUGUUUGGAGAAGUUUGGGGGGUUUCAAUGGGUGAGGGCUCGCGUGCUGCUGCUGCAGCAGCUGCUGCCUUUUGUUGCUGCACUGUGGAGUCGCUGGGCUUAUAUACCUAAUAUAGAGUUGCUGCUGCAGCCACGUGCAGCAGCAAAACUCAGAGACACGCUGCUGCGUUGUGAUGAGCUGUCUCUUGCUUGGAGACUCUGCAGCAGCUACUUCCAAGCGGCGCUGCUGCUGGUACAGCAGCAGCAGCAGCAACAACAGCAACAACAGCAACAGCAGCAGCAGCAGCGGCAGCAACACAAAACCCCUUUGCUUAGGAUUACGCAUGCUGCUGCUACAACACCUAGAUGCGGUUUCCCUGCUGCUGCUGCUUCUCCUGCUGCUGCGUCCACUGGAGCAGCAGGAGGAAGAGCAGCAGCACUAAGCACGACCGCGCCUGCGUCAGCCAUCGAACACACAGCAGCAGCAGCAGCAGCAGCAACAGCAACAACAGCAGCAGCAGCAGCAGACUGGGGAGAGAGACUGGCGGAGACAAUCGGCAGCGUAAGGUUCUUCCCUGUGCUUGAAGUGAGAGUUGUGUCUCUCUGUCGCAUAGGUAUGUUUGCUGCUGCACGUGCUGCUCUGCAUGCAGCGCUGUCUCUCAACAAGGAGCAGCACCUGCUGCAGCAGCACCUGCUGCAACAGCACCUCCUGCAGCAGCACCUCGCUGCUGCAGCUAGUGCUGCUGCAUCUGCAGCACAGGGACAUCACACAGAGGCCAGCAAGCUGCAGCAAGACACCGAACAAGCAGCUACAUCUAGCAGCAACAUGCACCAGACACACUUCCUGCAGCAGCAGCAGAAGCAGCAGCAGCAGCAGCUGAAAGAAUGUGGUCUUGCUGCUGGUGCUGGUGAUGAAGUGCUGCUGCAGCAGCUAACUGCUGCACUGGUUGCAACGGCAAAGAGUUGCCGUGCCUCUGCCUCGCUGCUUGUCUGUACACCCCAGCAGCAGCAGCAGCAGCAACAGCAGCAGCAGCAGCAGACGGUGUUUUUCUGUGCACUUGAAUGGAACAGCCGCAGCAGCAUGAGCAGCACACCUGCUCUUAGUGGGGCUCUGCUGCGCUCUCGACUGCAGCAGCAGCAGCAGCAGCAGCAGCGGCCAUGGGGCCUGACGGAAAAGCAGUUGCUGCGGCAGGUCUUAUCACGACUGCCUCCACUAGAAGCUGCUGCUGCUGCUGUUGCUGCUGCUCGUCGUAGCUCUGCUGCACAGUCUGCAGCAAAUCAAGGGACUGCCUCACCAGUAGAUGCAGCAGGAAUGACUGCAGCAACAAGCAACAGCAGCAGCAGCAGCAGCAACAGCAGCAGCAGCACCCGCCGUCGUGCUGCAGCUGCAGCAGCAGCAACAGGGGUUCCCGCUGGUUCCCUGUCUUCUACUGUAUCCGGCCCUUCAGCUGCUCAUAUGUCACAGCAGCAGCAGCAGCAGCAGCAGCAGCUAAGCAGCAGCUGUCUUGCUGCUUUAGAGUGCGGCAUAAUGCAGCCCCAAGUUGCUUCCUUCUAUGCUCUUAAUUGUUAUUUACGUGGUGUGUCUUACCUGGUUGUACACCGCAGGAUUCAUAAACUGCCUUUUGCUUGGAAGAUUACUCCGCUGCUGCUGCCUCCCUCUGCUGCUGCUGCUGCUGCUGCAGCAGCAGCUGCGGCUGCUGCUGCGCGAGCAGCUAAGGCGGCCAGCAACAGCAACACCAACACCAACAAUAGCAGCAGCAGCAGCAGCAACUUACGGCUGAGGCUCCCUCCUCUGCCUCGGGGUAUGUCUUCUUCUGUCUGUGCUGCUGUGGCUGCUGAGAGACGCGUUGCUGCUGCAGCAGCAGCAACCCAGCUGCAGCUGCUGCUGCCACCAGUGCAUGCAGCACUGCAGCUUGCUGCUCUUCCUGUAAACAGAGCCUCCGUGAGUUCAGACCUGCAGCUGCUGUGGGGACAGCUGCGGCAGCAGCAGCUGCAGCAGCAAAUAGAGGAACAGCAGCAGCAGCAACAGCAACUGCAGCAGCAGCAGCAACAUAGUCGUGAUGCAAGCACACCGGCAUCUGCAGACCGGGGCGAACAGCAGCAGCAGCAGCAGCAGCAGCUGACGCUGCAACGUGGUGGUGCUGGUUUUCAAUCUAGGAGCUUAGACAGUGGUUUGCUGUCUCCUGGCAGCAGCAGCAGCAGCAGCGGCAGCAACUCCUACUCGUCUGCUGCUGCUUCGGCUGCUGCUGUCUCUGAGGAGGGCUUUUCAGUGCGGGGUCUCGCAGCAGCAGCAGACAACUACCUGCGCUGCUACCUCCACCCUCAGUGGAGCAGCAGCAGCGGCAGCAGCAGCAGCAGCAGCAGCAACCUAGACAUCAGUCG